AUGGCCUUUGCAGCUCAUAACAUCAACCUCAGUUUGUCAAUCAAAGCAUCAAACUACCCACGGGAACGCUCGAUCAUUCCUCAGGACAUGGAUACAACCGAUUCUUUAGGCAAUACCGGCCAGAAACGAUCAUUCAGCCAGACUAGAAUGCUUAUGCCGUCCCCACCACCCAGCAAGCGAACCCGUUUAGCAUGUUCUUCGGCAUCUCCGACUAAAGAUAAUAAUGAGCCGCCUCCGAAUCAGAUAUACGGGCGAGUUAUUCUUCGUGACUAUGAAAGAUCUGUUUGUGCAGCAAGCUCCCUAAUAGCUUUUCUGACUACAUUGGAAGCUUUUAUAGAAGGACUUGAAGCUAUAUAUAAAGCUGGCUUCCUUCACAAAGAUAUAUCAAUCAACAAUCUGAUAAAUGAAGAUGAAAAGAAUCCUUUGUGCUCUACAUCCUUGAACGACCUUGAUUUAGCCACCAAAGAGGAUCGGAAGGGUUCCUCUCUUGUGAAGAGGAAGACUGGUACAAGAGUGUUCAUGCCCAUUGGGGUUCUUCUUUGGACCGAACCACACUCAUUUAUGCAUGAUCUCGAAUCGUUUUUCUGGGUACUCCAUUGGAUAUGCAUUCACUACAAUGAGCCGGGCAAGGAUAUUGGUUCAACUGGUUCAACUGGAUUUGAAAAUUGGAAAUAUAUGGACGACAGAGAUCUUGGCAUUAUGAAGACAGGUAGGAUUGCCAAUCUAGAUUUUCUUCCACAUGCAGAAGAACAAUUUACACCAUACUACCGGCCAUUGGUCCGAUGGGUUGCUAAACUGAGAAUGGUGGUAUUCCCGAAUUGUCAAAGAUGGAGAAACGAAUAUGCAACGAAUCCAAAAUUGUACUCUUCGAUUAAGAAAAUCCUUCGUGAAGCUCGGGAGGACCUAGAGGUGGCAGACAUACGGCCAUGA